AUGUGGGCAUAUAUUUUGGUCUGUCUUGUCUUAUGUACGAAUGGUGUUUCACCGAAAUUAUUCAGGAAACUUCAUGGUUUGGAAACGGAAUUGAAUCGAUUGAAAUGUGACAUGCAUGAUUUACUUAAUACAUAUAAAAAUGAAAUGGGAAAAUCGCCUUUUCGAAAUCGAAGUGUCGAUGCGAUCACCGCUGCGUGGCAAAGUACAUUUCCCGAUGGAAAUUAUCGAACGAAUACAAAAAAUUCCAUUCCAUUUCGACAAAUGAAUCUCAGAGAUCCCGACACAAUUCUUCGAAUGGCUGAAUAUCAAGCAAUGGUGUAUUGCAAAUCAAAUAUACUUAAUUCACCUUCGGAUAUUUCAUCGAUAGUAAAGAUGUCGGGAAAAAAUCUUCGUGUUGGUAACUUUACAAUUGCAGCGACUGGUUUCGAUAAAUACAAUGUGUUAUAUUGGUACAUCGCUGUAAAUAUUCCUCAACAAUCGAUUCUUCUUGUUCAUCGAGGAACACGAUCAUCGAAUCGAAACGAUGUUUACGACGAUCUCAAUCGAGGUAGAAUACAUAAUUCACACGGACAGCUCAGUGGUGAUUUUCCUUAUCUACUUCAAUCGAAAGAUGUUUAUCUUGAUAGUGGUUUUUAUACAAGAUUUCAACAUGAAAAGAUACCAAUCGUAACUGCUCUUCGUAAAAUUCUGCAACAAUACUCAUCUCCAUCAUUUUCUUUCGUUGUCGUCGGUCAUUCAUUGGGAGCAUCAUGGGCGUUUCUCAAUGCGGCAUAUUUCGUAGGUCUUAAUGAUAUCAAUUCACGUUUAUCAGCGAUUUAUACCUUUGGCCAACCUUUACUUGGUUCGGCAAGCUUUGUCAAUCAGAUCACAACAAAAUUCGAUACACCAAGUCAACGUUACGUUCGUACUGUGAAUGGAAACGAUCUUGUUCCCCACAUUGGCUGUGAAGAGUGUGUACAACCGCAAUACUCCAACGAAAAAUGGGUGAUGAAUACCACUCAAGUCAUAUGGAAAGAUUGUAACGGUGGUGCAGAUCCUCAAUGCAGCUCGGGCGUUCCGUGUAACCAACUUUCAUGGGCAAAUCACAGUGCAGUUGGCCGAUUCUCUAUGCGCAGUGAAUUUUGUCGAGUUGCAAGUAAUCUAUGA